AUGAUCGAUGCCGACAUCAAGCCAGCUUUGGAAGAGAAACCACAUGUGCCAUACGCUCCUGGGCGGAAUCUCAAUCCGAAUGGUGCCAGACGUUUCUAUGAGCUGAUGAAUGAUCGUCGCAGUGUGCGUGCCUUUAAAGCCAAUUGUAAACCGCCUAUAGACGUAUUGGAAUAUUGCAUUCGUGCUGCUGGAACGUCACCCAGUGGAGCACACACGGAGCCUUGGACAUUCUGUGUGAUUGAAGAAAUGAAAGUGAAGCAAGCUGUGCGGGAUAUUGUCGAGCGUGAGGAGCAUAUUAACUACAGCACACGAAUGCACGCACAGUGGGUGACGGAUUUACGGCCUUUGCAGACAAACGCAAUUAAGCCAUAUUUGACGGAUGCGCCCUAUCUGAUUUUAAUAUUUAAGCAAACGUACGGCACAACGGUCGAUGGACGUAAGAAGUUGCAUUACUACAAUGAGAUAUCAACGUCCAUUGCAACCGGAAUACUAUUAUGUGCUCUCCAGGCAGCUGGGCUUUGUUCGCUGGUCACUACGCCCCUUAAUUGUGGUCCGGCCCUGAAGCGCUUACUCAAUCGGCCCAGUAACGAAAAAUUAUUAAUUCUACUUGCUGUCGGUUAUGCGGCGGACGAUUGCAGUGUGCCAGAUUUAGAACGGAAAAGAUUACAAGACAUCAUGAUUAAAUAUUAA